AUGACAUCAGACGACGCGAACGAAGACGAUGCGCGUCGUCGGCCGUCAUCCGACGUCAUAGACGAGCUCGCGUCGCUGUUUUUAGAUGAAGAUUACGCCAAUCGCCGUCGCGUCGUCGACGACGCGUCGACGUCGAAGGACGACGCGAAUACGCCCGCGCGUCGCGGCGAGUCGUCGCCGUUGAUGCGGUCGUCGAGCGCGACGACGCCGGCGCGACGAACGGCGCCACCGGCGACGGUGCGCGGAUGGUUCUCCGAACUCUGGCGGUCGCUCCUCGCCGAGGACGACGACGAGUGGGCGGACGCGAGACGAGGCCGAGGAGGGACGCCCACGGGCGCGCGCGCGAUCGAAAACAUAGAUUUAGGAAUGGAACAAGAGAUGGAAGUGGUGCUGAGGAAGACGGCGACGCCGGCGUCGAGCGAGAGACUUCGAAGGACGUCGUCGUCGUUUGGAAAUCGAAGACGAAGCUCGGGGAGCGGCGGGGGGGGAUAUUUCUUUGGAGACGACGAAGAUGAGAUCGUGCGAUCGUCGUCGUCGUCGAGCGAUGAAGAGGUGAGCUCGCGAUUCGUGGCGCGCGAUUUACCGGAUGUUUUCCCGGGAAAAAAGGUGAUGACUGUCGGAGAGGGCGUGAUGGAUGAAAUCGCCGCAGAAUCGCAACGAUUGUGGGGAGCGCCGAACGCCUUCGUCACCGCGGACGAUUGUCGUCGAGCAGUGCGUUCGUUAGCCGAAGCCAAGGUGGUAUGUGCAGCUAUGGAUGAGCGUUUAGAGGCGUGGGUGGUGAAGACGCGCGUGCGCGACGCCGACGGCGAGAUGUUCGACGGGGAUGAUUUGUUAGAGUAUUGGCGCCGUCGCGCGAAGGACAUGUGUGAGGUAUUUUUGAAGACGUUGGUGAACGUCGGUGGUCGGCUCGAGAGCUGUUCGACGACGCCGAAACAUCGCGACUCGUUGUUGAGAGUCGUAGAAGGCUACGUGACGGGUGGCGUGCAGCGCAAACUUUUCAAAGUUGGCAUUCAUCCGAAGUUUGCGCGCGAAGACGAAUUCACCGCGAUUCGACUCGAGCAGUUGGCGUCGUUACCCAUCGAUGCGCUCGGCCUGGAGGUCGAACGAUACGCGAAGGUUGUCGACGACGAAGAUAUUAUCGCUUCACUAUCAUCGCUUGGCGAUUUGUCGAGUCCGUCGCACAUGGCAACGCGCCUCGUGGACGUCUCCACGCGCAUCCGUCAAGCGGGUGGCGACGAAGACGAUCCCAUGAACGCCGAUGAUUUACUUCUCGUCCUUUUGGCCCUCGUCGCUCGCGCCAAGCCCGAACGAGCGUAUUCGCUCGUCAGGUACGUUGAGACGUUUCACGCGUUGGUCUCCAACGCCCACAAAGGCGAAGAAGGUUUCGCGCUGGCGAAUUUCUCCGGCGCCGUGCGUUACGCUCGCGGCGACGCGUGCGGAGCCAUCAUCGAAAAGUCAUCGACAGCGCGAUUAGAACACACGCAGUAG